AUGAGCAUCAACGAUAUCAAGCUCCCUGAGCCCUUUGCGAGCAUUCCUCGGGAAACUUUUCUAUUUGGCCCCUCGCCCAUACAGCACCUUGAGCGCAUUUCAGAAGCGUUAGGCGGCAAGGUGAACGUUUACGCAAAGCGGGAUGACUGCAAUUCGGGUCUGGCAUAUGGCGGCAACAAGACACGGAAGCUGGAAUACCUCGCAGCAGAAGCCAAGGCACAGGGCGCUGACACGCUUGUGUCCAUCGGCGGCGUCCAAUCAAACCACACGCGGCAGGUGGCGGCCGUCUCGACCAAGCUCGGCCUCAAGGCGGUCCUGGUCCAGGAGCACUGGGUCCCCGACUGGUCGGACCCGGUGUACGGCAAGGUGGGCAACAUCCAGCUGUCGCGGCUGAUGGGGGCCGACGUCAGGCUCGACCCGUCCGGGUUCGGCAUCGAGCACAAGAACUCGCUCGCGGCAGCGGUGGCGGAGCUGCAGUCGCAGGGCAGGAAGCCGUACGCGAUCCCGGCGGGGGCCAGCGACCACCCGCUCGGCGGGCUCGGCUUCGCGCGCUGGGCGUUCGAGGUGGAGGAGCAGGAGCGGCAGAUGGGCGUCUUCUUCGACACGGUCAUCGUGUGCGCCGUGACGGGCUCGACCAUGGCGGGCAUGGUGGCCGGGUUCAAGCUGGCGCAGCGAAGGUGCGGGUCCAAGCCGCGGCGCGUCAUCGGCAUCGACGCCUCGGCCACGGUGCCGCAGACCAGAGAGCAGGUGCUCCGCAUCGCGCAGGCGACGGGCCGCAAGAUCGGCCUCGAGGACGGCGUCGACAACGUCACGGCCGAGGACGUCGAGCUCGAUGAUCGCUACCACGCCGGCAUUUACGGCGUCCCGGACCAGCAGACCAAGGAUGCCAUCCGGUUCGGGGCCAGCACCGAGGCCUUCAUUACCGAUCCCGUCUAUGAGGGUAAGAGCUUGGCCGGCAUGAUGGAUAUGAUUCGGAAAGGGGAGAUCAAGCCCGGGAGCAACGUCUUGUAUGCGCACUUGGGUGGCCAGCUUGCGCUCAAUGCCUACUCCGACAUGUAA